AUGGCGGAGUCACACCUCUGAAGGUAAAACAGUUAGCUAUAUUAUCUCAUUAACAGUGGAUGUUUCACCCCCACAGCACGAUAACGCAUCACUCCAAAGAUAAUACACGUGUCAGCCUCUUGUUACGGCGUGUGAAACAUUAAAGUGUAAUUUUGCGGUGCAAAUCUUCGAGGGAUUAAAAGAAACAAACUUGAUGACCUUUGCAGCCUGAACUUAUAUCCGAAGGUCCUGGGAUUGUAUGCAGUUCAAACACUUAAGCAUGUGGCCUAUGGGUGCCACAGUCCAGCUACUUAAAAGGAUUUUUUCUCCCAUGGCAUUUUAACAAAGUAUCAAAAGUAUCCCAAAAACCUUUGGAUCACAAGGCCUUUAUUUCAAGGAUCAUAAAAAAAAAUGUGUGGGCCUGUAUAGGGAUGUUUUCUUUAAAAGCCUCCUUGGCUAUCUGUGUCUCUUUUUUCCCGAAUAAGUAACCUGACAAGAGAGACUCCCAUGAGCAACUUUACAGGAGGCCCGAUAACGUCGACAUGAGUAGUACUUUAGGCAAAGAAAAAGACCCGAAAGAAAAGGACCCCAAAGGUGGUCCAGCCGGGAAAGAAAGGGAAAAGGAGGCCAAGGCUCUAGCCGGCUUAGUAAAGGAUGGUGGCAAAGAAACGAAGACCAAAGGGAAAGAUGCCAAAGAAGGAAAGAAGGACACCAGCAGCUCAACACCGGGUGUUGCCUUCUCUGUUGACAAUACGAUAAAGCGGCCAAACCCGGCACCAGGUACGCGCAAGAAGUCCAGUAAUGCCGAGGUGAUCAAAGAGCUCAACAAGUGUCGGGAGGAGAACUCAAUGAGACUGGACCUAUCUAAAAGGUCCAUUCACAUGCUGCCCACCUCCAUUAAGGAGUUGACGCAGCUGGCUGAACUUUACUUAUACAGCAACAAGCUGCAGAGCCUGCCGGCGGAGGUGGGUUGCCUAUCAGGCCUGAUCACUUUGGCCCUGAGUGAGAACUCCCUGACCAGCUUGCCUGACUCCCUGGACUCCCUUAAGAAGCUUCGAAUGCUCGACCUCCGGCACAACAAGCUGAGAGAGAUACCGGCUGUUGUCUACCGGCUGACAUCUCUGACCACGCUGUACCUGCGCUUCAACCGCAUUACAACUGUGGAGAAGGACAUCCGAAACCUAUCCAAGCUCACUAUGCUCAGCAUUCGUGAGAACAAAAUUAAACAGCUGCCCGCAGAGAUAGGGGAGCUAUGCAACCUCAUAACUCUGGAUGUUGCCCAUAACCAGUUGGAACACCUACCGAAGGAGAUUGGGAAUUGCACACAGAUAACCAACCUCGACUUGCAGCACAAUGAGCUCUUGGACCUCCCAGAGACUAUAGGCAACCUGGCAAGCAUAAAUCGUUUAGGUCUACGAUACAAUAGAUUGUCAGCCAUCCCCAGAUCAUUAGCCACAUGUCGAGAACUGGAGGAGCUAAAUCUCGAAAACAACAACAUUUCGGUGUUACCAGAGGGCCUACUGUCAAGUUUGGUUAACCUGACCAGUCUAACACUGGCGAGGAACUGCUUCCAGUCGUACCCUGUGGGUGGACCAUCCCAGUUCUCCACCAUCUACUCCCUCAACAUGGAGCACAACCGCAUCAAUAAGAUCCCCUUUGGUAUCUUCUCCAGAGCCAAAGUGUUAAGCAAGCUUAACAUGAAGGACAACCAGUUAACAUCUCUGCCAUUGGACUUUGGCACAUGGACUAGCAUGGUCGAGCUUAACCUGGCCACCAAUCAGCUGACAAAGAUCCCAGAGGAUGUCUGUGGUUUAGUCUCUCUGGAGGUGUUAAUAUUGUCCAAUAAUCUUCUCAAGAAGUUACCGCAUGGUAUUGGGAAUUUGAGAAAGCUACGGGAACUUGACUUAGAGGAAAACAAGUUGGAAUCUCUACCUAAUGAAAUUGCGUAUCUUAAAGAUUUACAGAAAUUGGUGUUGACAAAUAAUCAGCUGACCACGUUACCCAGAGGCAUCGGCCACCUCACCAACCUGACUCAUCUUGGUUUGGGGGAGAACCUGCUGCAACACCUUCCAGAGGAGAUUGGUACACUGGAGAACUUGGAGGAACUGUACCUCAAUGACAACCCCAACCUGCACAGCCUCCCAUUCGAGCUGGCCCUGUGCAGCAAGCUGUCCAUCAUGAGCAUCGAGAACUGUCCCCUCAGCCACCUGCCGCCACAGAUUGUCGCAGGAGGCCCCUCCUUCAUCAUCCAGUUCCUCAAGAUGCAGGGACCAUACCGUGCCAUGGUCUGAGCCAAGAGCAGCUCAAUCCCAGUCCUUACCUCCAAACCCUCCACUUGCUCUGCACCCUCUCGCCUGCCCGCCCCCAUUAUGUGUAUCAUACACUGUAAAGAAAACAGACUGGCCACAAUCAGUGUUGGGGGCAAAUACAAGGAGGAGGAGGAGGAGGAAGGAGGAGGAGGAGGAAGGAGGAGGAGGAGGAGGAGGAGAAGAAGAAGAAGAAGAAAAAAAUGUUUCUUUUGCCAUCCUUGGGCAGAAACGAGGUCAAUCGUCUGAGACUUGAUUUCUGUGUUACUCCAGAGUUCAUCGCGGUCAUUUUAGGACCCCAGCCACCCCCACUCAUUUUUCAUUCCGAAUCAUACAAGAGGAAAAUAUUACCAUCUUUGCCAAAACUGAAGAUAUAUGAAGUUAUAUAUAUUGAGUAACUGUGAGCUAAGUGGCAAGUCUUUUAACCAUAUAAACCAUGCUCCCAUUGCCAAUGUAUUUACAGUAAUUACAAGCAUCUAUUAUGUGAGCAAGGAUACAACUGUAUGCAAAAACAAACAAAAAAAGUCUUUGGAACUUCACAUUUACUGCUGCUGCCGUAAUUUUAACUUUGUCAUCUUGUUAUAUUUUCUUUUGAUAUUCACUUUUUUUUUUUUUUUUUUUUACAUCACCUUCGCUCAAGAUAACUUAUGCUAACUACUUCUUGACCAUAGAGAACAAAGGUCUAAUGAUGGCGUGUUUAUAAUUUUUUUUUAUCAUUUAUGUUUAUUUUUAAAAACUGUGCCUAUGUUUAGACUGAUCCAGUGGUUCAUUUCUAAACAAAAUUUUCCAUGAGAAUACAAAGAUAUAAAUUAUUUCAAUAAUUCUUUUUUAUUACUGCUGUUUUGACUUUAGUUUUUCCUUUUUUUAGUGUUCUUUUUUGCUGUUGCAUUAAUCUGUUAAAGAAAGUGAUAUCAGUUGUAAAAUAGGGUGAUUGGAGAUAUUUUUAACAAAUAGCAGCAGUAGUUGUUAAACAUUAAGCUAGUAAUGUAUACAUAUGAGAAAUGCCAAUCAUACAUGCUUUAAAAAAAAAAAAAAAAAAAAAAAGAAGCAAGUUGGACUUUUCUCCAAAUCGGGUGGUGCCGUGACCCCCGUCUAUAUUGCUUUUGUGUGACAAAAAGGUAUUGGAAAAAAGGUGAUGGGAUAAAUGAUGAGAUUUCUUUUAUAUAUUAUUCAAAUCCUGGUUGUUGCCUUGAGUGCAAUUUUUAGUUAUGUUUACUGGUUUGAUAUUUUCUUCAGUGUUGGGCUGCAUAGCUGUCAUUCAAUUGACAAUUGACCAACAUAUCACGCAUUUAAAAAAAAAAAAAAAAAGACAUUAUCUGGGUCUCUGGAGCAAGUGGAGAGUGUGUUAGAGCUACAAAAAAAGGUUUGAUAAUUAAACAUUGACAGGUAACACUUCCUUUUUCAUUAAUUUCCUUAUUUCUGUAGUUUCUUGUUUUCGACAGGGUCUCCUAAGAAUCUUAAUUACAUGGUGGGAAAAUGUUCCCUUGAUUUAGAAUUGUAAUUUAAUUUUUCUUUUUCUUUUAUAUAUCUUCUUUUGUCCCACACUGUCCCAGCAAUGCUGCUGCUCUUAUGCACUUUUAAAAUAAAAAAAGAAGACAUUGGCAUCCUCUAUAUUACGGAAAAAACACACAGUAGCCUCUCAUUGGUUUUUUGGAUGGGGGCAUUUUGUUUCAUAAAGUAUUUUAUCUGUUAAACGACUGGUUUAUUAUGUAAAUUUGUAUCAAUUAAAUAUAAAUGUUGAGUUAAGCGGGCUCAGAAUAUACUAGUAACUUUCUUUGAGGAAGUUUUAUCCUGUCAAUCUUAAAAAGGAACUUGCUCUCUUGAACUGUAAAAGGGUCUGUGUGGCUUUGAGAUGUUUUAAGAUUCCUAUAUCCUUCUUUCGCCAUUGCAAGCAAAACGGCUUAUUGCAGUUCAGAACGGCAUUGUUUAUUUUAAAUCGAUUUACAUUAAGUGUUUUCUUUUUUCUAAAUGAUGAAAUGUACAUUCAGUUAGUAUUAUUUCAAGUGACAGUACAUUAAAAAUCCCAACAAAAAGGUAAUCAAACAAACACUUUAUUAUUUUUAUUUUUUUUGGAAAUGUGUUGCAUCCCCGCUCUAUAAUCAAUCAUGAUACUGUUAUGUAUUGAAACUAUGGGUCUAUUUUAUUUUUUUUGCAGCAGCUUGGUGUGUUUUUGUGGGCUGUGGUUCGCGCUCCACCACGGGAGGCCUGUGUGAUGAGAGCGCCACAGCUCACCAUCGGGGGUGGGGCCGGGUCAUGGGGAACGAUGUACCGCUGCUUCUAAUUUACCAGCAGAACCUGUUGCUGCUUUUGGACUGAAACAUAUGCUGUACAAGACAGAGGGGGGGGAGCCGUGGAGGGAAGGAGGCGGGAAACGACCCACUCCCAACACUGAUACAGACUUCACUCGAAAACCUGACGAGGGACAGAUCCACUGACCUUUUCGAUCUGGCGUCGGGCCCGGUGGUUUUCUCACAGAUCAAAUCGUUUGGACACAACGAUGAGACAACACAACAAGGUGCAUAUUUGAGCUUAACGCAGUUACAGUACAAGACUGUCGGAAAAAGACAACACAAAAAAUGUAAAAAGGGCUUUCUGUGUUCACGCUCAACAACACACCGGAGGCAUUGCAUUCCUGGGUUUUCUAUAAAAGCUUUGGAAGUUUCUUUUUUUGUGUAUUUACUUUUAGCUGUAAACAAUUGUGUGAAAAAAUGCCUUCAACAAGUACUCAAAAGUGAGAUGUGCAUUAGGUAUGCAGCGAGAGUGCUGUGACCCAUUUUUACAUUCAGUCUCAAUGUUUUUACUUUUUUCAUGUGCCAUUUUGCAAGGUUGAGGAUGCUAGUGUAUGAAGACGCAGAGGAUGAUGGGAGGCCUGACCCAAACUGAACUGGGCUAAUUUACCAGAGAGCAUUUAGAGAGGAACGCAGAGAGGUGUGACUUGUUGGAUCAAAAAUGAUGACGACAUAUUGCAUACUGGUGCAUCCAAAAAUAAUGGGAGUACAAUUGGUGUUUAUUUUUCUAUUGUCUGUGAUUUUAGGCCGUUGAGAGCAUCGCAGAAUCAAAGUCAUUUUGCUCUUUUUGCUUUUUAUUCUGGAUCAUACAACUUGUCUUUUUCUUGCCUGGUUAUUUUGUACAGGAAACAAGCAUGUUGAACACAUAUUUGACAUGAUUUGUCUGGGUCAGAAUCGUGCGUUUUUUGCAUAGGACUUGGAUUUAGUGGCUAUUUGGUGUAUCUGCAAAUGCUCCCUUUUUGUAUAUUGCAAAGGGUAUCAAAGCAUUGUGUGGCAAUGCUUAUCCUACUUAAUCUACAUUGACAAACAGCCUUAAUGGUCUUUUUUAUGUGUUUGUUUGGCUAUUCCUUGUGUCUAUGGCCACUGACUGUACUUGAUGACAAGUAACUGGUCGUUACAAUGUAAAUUUGGGUCUAGUUUCUUUCUGUCUUAUUUUUCCUUUUACUCUGUACAGUAAUCUGACGUUACGGUAGACUCAGUAUUACAAAAUCUGUAAUGUGAUGAGAGUUUUACAAAAAGACAAAGUGCAAUGGAAGAUAAUGCCAUUAUGCUACCAAGUGGAUGUGCAUUAGCUUGCGUCUCACUUGUCUUUGGCAUUAAAGGGGAAUUCCACCAAAACUGACUUGCAUUUUUAUUCUGCAAAGGCAGAGAUUUUUUUUCCACAGAAAUACAAUGGGUUUUUUUUUCUUCUUUUUCAUGUUUUUCUCACUAGUCAUAUCAUGUUUGAGUAAUACGAUUGCAAGAUCAGGGGAAAUAAAAUGAUGGGACUUUUUUUUUUACCACAUCUAUAUCAAGUUGCAGCUGUUUUCAGAAAAGACAAACAUGACUUUAGAUAGUUCAGCUCGAUGUUGUAGGAACACUAUCUAUCUUGAGAGCACAAAUCUAUGUAAAAAUCUGCUUUUGUAAUUAAACCAAGUCACUUUUGGUGGAAAGGCCCUUUUAAUGUGAAGCCACCAGCUCUUUCUCUUACCUAAAUCCCACCUGCACACACCCACAACCCCUAUAGUAUGUCCAUACAUUUACUUUUCUGCCUUAUGUGCACCAAGCAAAACCUUUAUGAUCGUUUGAUUUAAUCAACAAAGACAGAUAAUCACUUUUCUUCUUUUCUUUCUUUAAUGUCAGUGAAGGGAUCUGGGUCCACAGAUUGAACAGAUGUUGAAAGCAAAGUUUUUGGGUCAGUUGUCUUGACUGGGCGAGCAGAUGCAGACAUGACUACCUCUAUGUGAGUCUUCAUUGCUAACCACAGUGACCAAGAUCCAGUCUGAGGUGUUUCUACCUGUGUACAUACAAAGCUGUGUGUUGGCAGCAGGAACUUGGAUUUGGACUAGCAAUUCAACCACGAUUUGUUUUACUAAGCAUCCUUCUGUUGUUUUAUUAAGUAUUAUUUGGCAAAUGAAAAGGAGAAAAAAUGUGUGUGCUUGGUUGUAAAUGACAAACUUAAUCAAUGCCGCCCUAUUGUAAGACAGUUAUCCUGAAACCAACUAGUUGCAGAGUUCUACUUUGCAAUUGAGUGAAAAUGACCAUGUUUGGUGAUGUUCUGUAUGUACAUACAUCUUUUUAACUGUUAUAAACUGAUACAUAUUUACAAAUUUA